AUGGCCGACUGCGUCAGCGCCGUGAUGCCACAGAAGACCUUUAGGCGACUGUGUCGCAGCAGGCGAUACGGCAACAGAGCACGGUCGCCUCAGCUUGCCGACCCGACAAAGAGCGCCACGCCCCCGAAAACAGGACCGAAGACGACGAUUUCACGCGUACGGGGCGCCACCCCAUUUGAUGCCCAGCAACAGCGUGCAGGCGGCCGCGAAGCAGACGAAAUCGACAAAGUCAAUGGUAGCCAUCCGACCGCGGAGGAUCUACAGGCGUUCGUGGUACGUCUGGGGUGCCUAGCCGUCGUGGUCGUCUAG